UGAUCUUUGGUGGAAUGCUAACAUGGAAUGGAUGAAAACUGUCAAACAGUACCAUUUGACGAACUGAGUGUGUGUAUUGUGUGGUGAUAAAUAUUCAAUUACGGGCAUUUAAAACAAAACAUUGUUAAGCCGUGAAUUAAAAUAGGAUUAUUGCGUUAUUGAUUUUCGAGCAAAUAUCGGAGAACUCAAAAUGGAGAAGAUGGGUAAUCCGCCGCCAUAUGGAUGGGGAAAUGGCCCGAGGAUGCAGCCUCCGCCAGCCGCGCCGCCGAGUUACUCACAAGCUGUGGGUGGUGUGGGACCUUCAAGUCCUUACACACCGCAAUAUCCUGCAACGGCGGGUCCACCAAUCGUGACUACUGUUGUGCCAGUGGGAUCGCAUCCAACCCACAUGAUCUGCCCCAGUUGCCAGGCCGAGAUUGACUCGGAGACUCAAACAAAGCCGGGCAUCAUUGCUUAUAUCUCUGGGGCCAUCAUCGCACUUGGCGGUUGUUUCUGCGGCUGUUGCUUGAUUCCGUGCUGUAUUGACAGCUGUAUGGAUGUACAUCAUCGCUGCCCCAACUGCAGCGCCUACCUCGGCCGCUAUCGUCGAUAAACACCCGUACAACUAGCAUAACUCCCUUCAAACAUCGGACCUUCCGAGUGAUAGGGAGAGCAUUUAACUCUUAAUGUUGUCCUUGUAACCGUAGAAUUACACUGCAAUAAUCAUUUGUAUGAAUAUAAAUUGUUAUCAAUUUCAUUCUCACGACAGUCGAAUUCUACGGUUAAACUAUCCCAGCGUAAUCUCUUCUCAAUUUAUCCAAGUCGAUGUUAGUAUGUCCUAAGUCAAAACCUAGAUCUAGUCUAGUAUCCGCAUCACACUAGUAGGUAGAUCCCCUGAAUCUCGUAUACCUUUUUUGAAACAAUAUUGAUGUCUAUUAUACAAUAUACAACUUUUAUUAAUUUAAGAUACACAUUAAUG